AAUGAACCACCUCUUGUUCAUUAUCGAAUUCCAAUUAUCGGACAUACAUGGAGAUUUUUAACAGAUUGCGAAAAUUUAAUUCUCGAAUCUCGAAAAAAGUAUGGGGAGACAUUCUCAUUAUAUGUAUUUGGCCAAAUAAUGACCGUAGUCGGAAAGGAAUCAACUCAUGAAGUAUUUAAAAAAGAUCAAGAAUUUUGUGUUCACGAAGGCGUGAAAAUGCAAUUACCAAUGGAUCACAUAUUUAGUUUUGGCACAACUAUUGAGAAAAAUCGUAAAGUAGUAAGAGAGUUUAUGGUAGGAAAAUUAAAACAUCUUAUGAGUAGAUUACAAAAAAAUAUUGAUAAGGCUAUGAAUCUUUAUAUUGGUGAAUGUGAUGAGCCGAAGGUUAUUCGUGAUCCAUAUAAAACUUUGACACAGAUUAUCGCAAUUCCAAUUGCUAACAUUAUCGUUGGUGAUGAAUGUUACGAACAUAAGGAUCUGUUAGAAACUUUUAGAACAUUAACAGAUUCAAUUGUUAAAGUUUUUAUGGCACCACCAAUAUUAGCUUUUAUACAUCCUCGGCUUCAUCAAGAAUUUGUCGCAUUAGGUGAUGCUUGGGUUGCUCCCUUAGAUGCAUUACAAUGCUACUUGGACGAUCCAGAAAUAGCUCCAGAUCUCGAUCCAAAUAAUAUAAAUUAUAAUUAUAUUGCUGUAGCGAUCGGAAGACUUAUUUUUGGUGCUAUGGCAACUACAUCUGGUGGUGCUACCCGUGCUUUAUAUGAUUUGAUUGAUAAGAAAAAAGAAUACUGGCAAGAAUUACAACAGGAAGCUCAAGAAAUUAACAAACAAUGUAAUGGAAAUGAGCUUACAUCUGAUGAUUUUGCUAAAAUGGUGAAAUUAGAUAGUUUUAUUAAAGAAUCUUUAAGAUUAUCUAAUAGCAUAGUUGGUUUACCACAUAAAUGUAUUUCUGAAUCUUAUUAUACAUUUGAGAAUGGAUAUCAAAUCCCAAGGGGUCGCAUAGCCAUUUUAAACAUUAUUGAUACAAAUAGAGAUGAGGAACUUCAAGGUCAAAACCCUGAAGAAUUCUAUGCAUACCGCCAUUUGGAACGUAAAUCCUCCGCGACAAAACUCGAACAGCGUGUACCUGUUAAAUAUCUUGGACCUCUUCCUAAACAGACAAAAGUUGGUAUUGUUUUUGAGAAGAAAAAUGAUGAUGUAAAUUAA